AUGAUCCGCAUUCGACAUCCGCAAGGCACAACAUCCUUCAAAGUGGACGACAGCAGUACCACGCUGGCUGAACUGCAAAUUUACAUUGCCGAGCAGUGCGGCAUCGCAGGGGCGGACCAGGAGCUCAAAGUCGGGUAUCCGCCAAAAGCCCUCCAGCUCGACUCGGUUGACAGUGCAGCACUUCUCAGCUCUGCAGAUGUGGGGAUACGAAAAGGCGAGCAGGUGAUCGUUGCUCGCAAGGCGGGUAGCAGUAGCUCUUCUGGGGCUCCUGCCCCUAUCGCUUCGAGGCCGUCUGCGUCAUCAUCAUUCGGCACAAUGGGCGGACCCAAACCGAACAUCUCUACCGCAACAGGGCCCAUCUCGUCGUACGGCCUCGGCGCAAGAACACUUCAGGAUGGCCUCACAGCACGCGCUCCAUCUUCCACCAGCUCCUCCUCCGCCGCAGGCGCCAAGAGCGUCACAGAUGGCAGCGUCUCUGUCGCCAUCCCUUCCUCCCCUUCCUCGCGUCUAUCCCUCAAGGUAGUUCCCGACGACAACUCAUGUCUGUUCAACUCUGUCGGCUAUUUGUUCUCACAGCGACUCGGCUCUGAUGUUUGCAAGAACCUUCGCGAGACUGUCGCGUCCGCCAUUCGAUCCGACCCGGACGCCUACCCGGAUAUCGUGCUCGGUCAACCGCGCGAGGCGUACAUCUCCAAGAUCUUGUCACCGCAGACGUGGGGUGGUGCGAUCGAACUGUCGAUCUUGUCGGCGCACUUCCAGGUCGAGAUCGACUCGAUCGACGUGGCAACGGGAACGGUGCAUCGGUUCGGCGAGGAUAUAGCGUACGAGAAUCGUGGGCUGGUCGUCUAUUCGGGAAUCCACUACGACGCACUGACGCUCAUCGAUGACGGCAACGAGACGACCAUCUUCCCCAACUUGACCGCACUAGGCCUGAAGGAGGACGAGGAUGAAGUGCUUGCGGCGGCUAAGGAGUUGUGCAAGGAGCUAAAGAGGAGGCGGUACUACACGGACACGGCGAGCUUCAGUUUGAAGUGCAAACAGUGCGGAAAAGGGCUGACGGGCGAGAAGGAGGCGGUGCAGCACGCCAAGCAGACUGGGCACGGUGACUUUGGCGAGGUUUGA